AUCAUCUUUUAUUGCUUUCAUUUGUGUUGAUCUCUUCCCUAACAGAUAGUCACCUGGUUAUUUGAUACAAUGUUGUCAGGUCUCUCUCUCCUACAUGCAGCCUGUUCUGCUUCACUUCCCAGUGUGUCGUGGAAUUGUCUUUUGUCUUUGCGUGCACUCUUCUUCACUUCUUUGUCCAGUGUAGUGUUUUAUACAUUGUGCUCAGUUCCUCUUCUCGUUGUGCAUCCUUGCACUGGUUUAUCUUCCACUUCACCAUCCUCCUCUCCCUGCUCUAUCAGCUUCCAGGUAUCCGUCGAGAUCCAUUCCUUGUCUUCUUUCUUCUUCCUUCCUAAUAGGGCUGUGCAGGUUUCUUUCCACACAGCUUUCAAAGAGUUCCAGUCUUCAUCCACACAUGUUUCUUCAGGGAUCUUGCCCGAUAUCUCCCAUUUUGUCUUGAUGGCUGGCUGAUGUGAAAAUUUUCUUUGUAGUUUCGUCCUUCAGUUUCCGGGUGUUGGACUUCAACUGUGCUCUGUCACCAACUUCUUUCAAGGCUUUCAAUUGGAUUUUGAAGGUCCCAUGCACUAGAUAAUGGUCUGAACCUACAUCUGCUCCCCUUCUUCACCUUGUAUCAAGUAGGCUGACUGCGUCUCCAUUUUCUUGAGAUUGAGAUAAAGUCGAUUUGGUUUUUAGUGUGUCCAUCUGGUGAAAUCGAAUCCAUGUCGCUGCCCUGUGAAUAUCCUUGUGUUUGAACACACUGCCUAGCCUCCAAUCACCAAAUCGUUGAGUUGAAUGCGCAGAAUUCUGCAAACAGUUCUCCAUUCUCA